CCGCCUCCUUCCCUUUCCCCCGGGGGCCUAUCCGGGUGAGUUCCGGAGUUUGUGACUCCAAAUUUCCACCAAAUCACGAGCGACCUCCCCUAACAUUGAGGCCGGAUUCUCCAACCCGCACUGCGCCCGCCUAAUCCACGACUGCCUUCUCGGGAGUGCGCGGGCUCGCGGAGCAGGCGAGGUCCUGUAUCCACGGGCACGUGCCCGGGCGCGCGUCCCGCCGAGCUCGUUCCCAGCUUCACCUCCCAGCUCCGGUCCCAGUAGCACGCCGCGCGCCGCCGGCUUCCCCUCACCUCCCAGCCGAGCGGCCUCUAGACCCCGCGCCGUUGGAGCGACCUGGGCGAAGCCAGGCGCUCGGUCCGCCCGAGGGGCAAGGGGAGAAGGACUGGGCGGUCCUGUGCGCCCGGGUAGGCGGAGUGGCAGAAUCACCUGAGACCACCAGACAGCUAGCUGCGUCCCACUCCUGCUCGAGCUUCGCACCCGGACUAGUGGUCCAGGCCCGGGAACCCGCGUCACACCGGAGAGGACUGAUCACAGCGAGCUAGUGGACAUGGCAACACCAUUUCUACCCGCGGGGGCCACCACGGGCGACAGCGGUGGGGAACUGAGCUCCGGGGACGACUCCGGUGACAUGGAAUCCUUCCAGACCCCUGAGGCCGAGGCGACCCGGAGCCUGGCCGAGCUAUUUGAGAAGGCUGCCGCACAUGUCCAAGGCCUGGUUCAGGUGGCCAGCAGGGAGCAGCUCCUGUACCUGUAUGCCAGGUACAAGCAGGUCAAAGUUGGAAAUUGCAAUAUUCCUAAACCAAACUUCUUUGAUUUUGAAGGAAAGCAAAAAUGGGAGGCAUGGAAAGCCCUCGGCGACUCAAGCCCUAGCCAAGCAAUGCAGGAAUAUAUCGCGGCAGUUAAAAAACUAGAUCCAGGAUGGAAUCCUCAGAUCUCCCUCAUUUCAUACAGAGCCUGUUAAACAACUCACAUCAUUGCUAUUCUAAGUCAUGCCUUUGCAGUCAAGCAUUUGAAAAGUGAUUGACUUUUUCCCUAUAGCUUCAUAAUUUGUAAGAACACAUAAAAUGGAAAGACCAAGAUGAUUUUGGUACAUGUUUAUAAUCUUAAUCCACUGUGCAGCUUAAAAAUGGAAUCUGUUCAGAAUAGACUGGCUGGCUGACUGGAGCCUGGUAUGUUAACUUCUUUUCAGUUUUUAGUUGUGGGAUUUUUUUUUUUCUUACUUAAUUUGUAGGUGUUGGGUAUCUUUGAUUUUAUGUCUGUUGAGAAAUUUAUGAUCAAGUACUUUCUUUAUGACGUUAUAGUCUGAGCUUAGGCAGUUGAUUGAAAUACAAUAUAGGAAAUUUAGCACGCAUUUUUAAAGCUCAAAUUGGGAAAGUGAACCAAUAUGGAUUUGCUUUAGGGCAAGCAAAAAAAAGGCAUAAUGGGUUAAUUUCUUUAUAUUUCUGUUACCGUUUCUUGCUAAAGCCUUGCUUGCAGUAUUGACACAUUUGCUUUUGGAGGUUGGCUGUGCAUCGUCAUGUUGUUGAGUUGAGAGAAGAGACUGUAACUUAGUGAAGUUAGAUAUAUAGAAAGCAGUCUAUAAACUGUAGGUACAAUUACAACGUAGAGGCAAGAUUUUAUUAAUAAAUACGCUAUCAAAAGUAAUCGAGACUCAAUGCUACUGCUACUAGGAAUGUUAGUCAUACUGUAGUAUUCAGUGGGUCCUUUUGAGUAAAUGACCAAGGUGAAGUUAUAGAAAAAUUAUUGAGAGGCAAAGUUAACAUCUUC